AUGUGCUAUCCUCCUUUAGGAACCAGUGGUGUGCUGUGGGCUGUCAUCUGGUUCGCUUUGGUCAGGAAUUCUCCGUCGAAGCAGCCGUGUAUUUCCGCUAAGGAGUUAGAGUAUAUAGAGAGUAGUCUGGGAAGUGAUUUACAUGCUAAGGACGUUCCCAUUCCUUGGAAGUCAAUAUUUACUUCUUUACCACUGUGGGCCAUUAUGUUGGCUCAUUUUACGCAGACCUGGGGUCUUUACACCAUGAUGUCAGAGCUACCUUUGUAUUUUAACCAGAGACUUCAUCUAGACCUUAAAAAGACCUCAGUGGCCUCAGCUUUGCCAUACAUUCUAGUUCUACUGGUUUUAAUAUCUGGAGGACGACUUGCUGAUUACCUUCGGAGACAUUUCUUGAGCACUGGAACAGUAAGAAAGAUCUUUAACACGUUAGGAUUUUUACCAAUGAUAAUUUUUCCAAUAGCAGCUGGUUACGUCAAAGAAGCAGACCAUACAACUGCUAUGGUGAUGAUGACACUAGGGAUAGGCCUAAAUGGUUUUUCUGAGUCAGGAUUUUUGGUGAAUCCUCUGGACAUUGCACCAGCACUGGCCAGUGUACUGUUGGGUGUCACCAACACAGCGGCUACAGUGUCAGGAAUUAUCAGUCCCACCCUGUCGGGAUUCAUCGUGCAACAUCAUAGUGCCGAAGAAUGGAGAAUGAUUUUUUACAUAAACGGAAUAGUCUAUCUCAUUGGUGGAACAUUUUACUUGCUUUUCGCCUCCGGCGAGAAACAACCCUGGGCCAACGGAACUGACUGUGACAAGCUAUCUGACAAUGUGUUGACAGCGGAUGAUAGCAAAGAAGAAUAAGCAGAUAAAAA